UGCUCUCUGCAUCCUGCUUUCACACAGCCAGAGCAGGAGGGAGGGGAGCUCGAAGCGCGACUGGGAAAUCAUCUUAACACAGGAGCAAAAUAACCAUUUUCUUCGCUUUAGUCCUUUGAGAUAGAUGUAAACACUUAAUAUGGCCGCAGAAACAAAAGGAGCUGAUGUAGCCAACUCGUGACUGUUCACUCAAAACGUCCGGAAACAGCGCAAAGCGGCUCAGUGAAAGUCUCACUUUACACUCCGUGAAGGUAAAGCAGGAUAACCAGGAGACCAUGAGCGCGCAAGUCAACGACCCCGAGAGUAUACUGUGCUACCAGAGGCCUGAUGAGGAGGUGGUGGUAGAUCAGGGAGGAACCAGCUCUGUGCUGAACAUCCACUAUGAGAAGGAAGAACUGGAAGGUCACAGGACUCUGUUUGUUGGGGUCCGGAUGCCCAGGCAGAGCCAUCGUCACCACAAAGGUCAUGGUUCCCGCCACCGCAAGAGAGACAGAAGGGCAAGCAGCAUUGCAGCACAGCAAAGCGAGGAGAAUGAGACAACCAGUUCUAGUCAUGACACACCAUCCCAGCGGGUCCAGUUCAUUCUAGGCAAUGAGGAGGACGCUGAACACGUGUCCCAUGAGCUGUUCACCGAGCUGGAUGAGAUCUGUGUCAAGGAUGGCAAGGAUGCUGAGUGGAAAGAAACAGCCAGAUGGCUGAAGUUUGAGGAAGACGUGGAGGAUGGUGGAGAAAGAUGGAGCAAGCCUUACGUUGCUACGCUUUCCCUCCACAGUCUUUUUGAGCUGCGCAGUUGCAUUAUCAACGGCAGCGUAUUGCUUGACAUGCGUGCCGACUGCAUUGAAGAAAUCGCAGACAUGGUACUGGACCACCAGGAGGCAUCCAAUGAGCUGGAUGACAGCGUGAGAGUGAGGGUUCGUGAGGCGCUGCUCAAGAGACACCACCACCAAAACGAGAAGAAGAAGAAUUUGAUUCCCAUCGUACGCUCCAUCACAGAGGGAGCACGCAAACAGUCAGAACCUCAUCUGAUUGGGUCAGCCACAUCUCCCCAACCUAUUCAACCCAAUGAAGCAGCUAAGAACGGUGCUGGACAGGACAGCAGUCAGGUGGACCUGAGUAAGGUGGAUCUGCACUUCAUGAAAAAGAUCCCAGAGGGUGCAGAGGCUUCCAAUGUGCUGGUGGGAGAGCUGGACUUCCUGGAGAGGCCUAUUGUAGCCUUUGUGCGCCUUUCCCCUGCUGUGCUGCUCACCGGACUUACAGAGGUGCCCAUACCGACCAGGUUCCUCUUCAUACUUCUUGGCCCUGAUGGAAAGGCUCAGCAAUACCAUGAAAUCGGUCGCUCCAUGGCAACCAUCAUGACAGAUGAGAUUUUUCAUGAUGUAGCAUACAAGGCAAAGGACAGAAGUGACCUGCUAGCGGGGAUAGAUGAGUUCCUAGACCAAGUAACUGUCCUGCCACCAGGAGAAUGGGACCCCUCAAUCCGUAUCGAACCCCCAAAAAAGGUCCCAUCUCAGGAGAAAAGGAAGAUGCCUGGAGUCCCUAAUGGCACCGUCUGUCAGGAAGAGGAAGAGCUGCAUGCUGAACACCACGGGCCAGAACUGCAGAGAACUGGAAGGUUAUUUGGUGGUCUGGUCCUGGACAUCAAGAGGAAAGCUCCAUUCUAUUGGAGUGAUUUUAAGGAUGGUCUCAGCCUCCAGUGUGUGGCCUCCUUCCUCUUCCUCUACUGUGCCUGCAUGUCUCCUGUCAUCACCUUUGGGGGACUGCUGGGGGAGGCGACAGAAGGACGUAUUAGCGCCAUUGAGUCCUUAUUUGGUGCGUCUAUGACUGGAGUAGCCUACUCGCUGUUUGCUGGUCAGCCUCUCACCAUCCUGGGCAGCACAGGUCCUGUUCUUGUGUUUGAGAAAAUCCUCUUCAAAUUCUGCAAGGACUACGACCUUUCUUAUCUGUCGCUGCGGACUUGCAUAGGCUUAUGGACAGCCCUGCUGUGUUUACUGUUGGUUGCCACAGAUGCCAGUUCCCUGGUGUGCUACAUCACUCGUUUCACAGAGGAGGCCUUUGCCGCCCUCAUCUGCCUCAUCUUCAUCUAUGAGGCUUUGGAGAAACUGUUUCACCUGGGAGAACUCUACCCUUACAAUGCAUACAGUGAUUUGGACAAGCUCACCCUGGCAUACUGUAAGUGUGCAGAACCUGAUAAUCCAAGUAAUGAAACCUUGGAAAUUUGGAAUGAGAGAAACAUCACAGCCUCUGCUGUACCCUGGGCCAACCUGACUGUCAAGGAGUGUAUCAGUCUGCACGGCCACUUUGCUGGGACGGCAUGCGGUCACCAUGGCCCCUACACCCCAGAUGUCCUUUUCUGGUCUGCUAUCUUGUUCUUUUCAACGUUCUUCAUGUCGGCCUUCCUCAAACAAUUCAAGACUAGCCGUUAUUUCCCCACUAAGGUGCGGUCUAUGAUCAGUGAUUUUGCAGUGUUUCUUACCAUUGUCUUUAUGGUCCUGAUUGACUUUGCCAUUGGAGUACCCUCCCAAAAGCUGAAGGUGCCAAGCAAAUUCCAGCCUACCAGAGAUGAUCGUGGUUGGUUCAUCAAUCCAAUAGGGCGAAAUCCAUGGUGGACAGCUUUGGCUGCAUCCAUUCCUGCUCUUCUCUGCACGAUCCUCAUCUUCAUGGACCAACAGAUAACUGCUGUCAUAAUCAACCGCAAAGAGCACAAACUACUGAAAGGCUGUGGGUACCAUCUGGACCUGCUGAUGGUGGGAGUGAUGCUGGCCGUAUGCUCCAUCAUGGGCUUGCCCUGGUUCGUGGCAGCCACUGUCUUGUCGAUAUCUCAUGUCAACAGUCUGAAGCUGGAGUCAGAGAGCUCAGCUCCAGGAGAGCAGCCUCGCUUCCUGGGCAUCAGAGAACAGAGACUUACUGGCCUGGUCAUCUUCCUGCUCAUGGGCUUAUCUGUAUUCAUGACUAGAGUCCUCAAGCUCAUUCCUAUGCCAGUGUUGUAUGGUGUUUUCCUCUACAUGGGAGCAUCUUCAUUAAAAGGCAUCCAGUUCUUUGACCGUCUGAAACUGUUUGGUAUGCCGGCGAAGCACCAGCCAGAUUUCAUCUACCUACGACACGUUCCCUUGAGAAAGGUGCAUCUGUUUACUGUCACCCAGCUCACGUGUCUGGUGCUUCUCUGGGUCAUUAAGACAUCACCGGCGGCCAUAGUCUUCCCCAUGAUGGUGCUGGCUCUGGUUUUCAUCCGCAAGGUGCUGGAUUUGUGUUUCUCCAAGCGAGAGCUAAGCUAUCUAGAUGACCUAAUGCCCGAAUGGAAGAAAAAAAAUCUUGACGAUGCCUCGAAAAAGACGGAAGAGGAGUCACAGGUUAUGCUCAGCACAAAUAAAGAAGAUUCGACUACAGUUCAGAUUCCCAUGGAGAAGACCAAGCCUGCUCAGGCUCCAAAAGCCCACGAUCCCAGGUGUGACCCCUCUGAUAUUAACAUAUCUGAUGAAAUGUCUAAAACCACCGUGUGGAAAUCUCUCAACACCAAUCAAAAGGACACUCGUCCUUUGACUGCUAAAAAGGUUUGAAGAGAUUGCAUUCAUCGAUGAGUAAAGGAUGUCCAGACUCAUGACAGAUUCAACUGCAUUUUAUGACUGUACAGGAUUUGGCUGCUUCAACCAUCAGCCACUUCAGUGCUCAGAGAAAGGAGUCUCCACAGUUUCUACCAGCUACCCAUAAAACACGCGUUUCUCAGACACACAGGGAAAGUCAAGGGUGUAGAACAUCCAUCCAUUCACUUCUACCUUUGUGAAGUUUGUAAAUAUAUAAAAUAUAUAUA